AUUUAGGCCCCGGGCUCCUAAAAGCAAUGAGCAGAAUUCCAAAAGACCUCCUCUGAGUCCCUCUACCCUGCACCUCCUCUCUCAGCUGCUGUCAUUCCACAUUGACUCUAUAAAUGUGAUGGUGUUGAAUCUGGCCCUGCCUGAGUCCCUCUGGCACAUGACAUCCUCUGCCAUCACUUUGCUGCUGGAUCAUCAAAGUAAAAGGUUGGCCUGGGAUUUCUCAGUGGGACAACUUAGCAGUAAAGUUCUGAAGAGCAGCAGACUGCAGGACACGUGUCUGGCUGAGGUAUCGCUGAGUCUGGCCCUGAAUGGUGACGUGAGCUUGCCUGGUCUCAGGCCGGGUCGUCUGGGACUGUGUGUGAGAACUCUGCUGGCUGAGCUUCACGAGGGCCUGUUCCUCAGCCAGCUCCCCAAACCUCCAGGAGCUGCUCCUGCUGUCUGCACAGCUCACACUGCAGAUGACAAAGAAGACCCUUACAUCCAAACUGAAGCAAUUGAGCGUCUUCACAACCUGAUUCCACAGAAGGUCAAUGUGGAUUUUGAGAACACUAAUAUCACACUCUCCAUGCACAGUCAGAAGAGACUUUUGAACUGGACUUUAAAAUCUCUGAAGCUGGGUUAUGAUCGUGAUGAUGAGCAGCUUCCUCUGAAGAGUUUCUCCCCUGAGCUCAGUUUCCCACAGAGCCGUCUGGAACUUCUGCUGGAGGAUGGUCUUUUACUGUCACAAAGCCGACAGAGAAUUUUAUGUCUGAACACACUCAGAACAAUACUGCAGGUGACAUCUGUUGACAUCUCUAGCACGGUCACCGUCAACACUUGUAUCAUCCACUACCGUCAUCAAGAGUUCUCCCACUGGCUGGACAUGUUAUCAUGGGACCAGCUCUCGCAUAAAAAAACGACUCAUAAAAAAAGGCGCUUCCCUCAGCUGGACGCUCCCCUGAUGAUAAGCUCUUCCGUGUCUAAUGUCAAUGUGUCAGUGCAGUUGGGAGAUACGCCACCCUUUGCCCUGGGCUUCAUCUCAGCCAACACUGAACUGCAGCACUUGUUGGGCUCAGAAGAGGAUGACGUGAAGAGUCUGGCUGUGACUGAGAAAGCCUCUCUGUCCCUGGAUCAUUUCUGGUGGCGUGUGGGCCAGGGUUCCCAUAUCCAGCAGGCUCCUCACCCAGCUGGAAAACAUGUCUGGGGGGAAGCCCUUAUCCUAGACUCUCUCACACUGCAGGGCAGCUAUAGUUCGUCGAGGACUGUGAAAUCCAGCCCUUCUGGGAGCGCUUGUAUGGAGUCAAGUCUGAAAGGCCUGCAGCUGGAAGUGUCCGAGACCUGCACUCUGUGUCUGUCACGUCUGUUCUCCGUUCUCAAAUUGGACAAAGCGGAGAACGUCUCCUCACAUUCCACUCCAGAAAAGCCUUCAACCCGUCUACCACCUCUCUUUAAGUUUAAACUCAAUCUUGAGGAUGUAAACACAUUCACACUCUCCAAUGUGGCAGGGGCUGUUGCAGUGAGGGUGGACACAGUGGAAGCUGAAGGAUCAGGGGAGAAUUCGAAUGUUUCUGUCCAAGGUGUUUCUUUGGCUGUGGUGAAGGCCCUCACUGAGAGUAUAGAGCCCUGCUGCCCAGCCGCCCAAACUCCCAACCCCAUCCUGACCCUAACGGCGUUUACUGUCUCCUACAACAUCAGCGGCCGCAGUCUGGAGGUGCGGAGUGAAAACGCUUUAACAGUGCAGUGGACGACAUUGGAUCACAUGUUUUUGUAUCAGCACAUCACAGAGAGCAAAAGCUAUUGGAAGAAAGAAUAUAUGCGAAUCCGGGACUAUCCUCGUUACUUGUUUGAGAUCAGAGAAUGGUCGCUGUCGGGACGUCUGAUGGGCACCGAGCAGGACGGGCAGCUGAGAGCAAAGCGCAAACAGGUGGUCCAACUCGGCCAGCCAUGGGGUGAUGUGACCGUUUACAGGAAUAUGCCACCUCUGAAGUUCUACUACGACAUCCAUUCAAAUAUUUUCCUCUACACUAUUGUGUGGGGGCCAUGCUGGGAUCCUGCUUGGACGCUGAUUGGCCAGGCUGUUGAUUUACUGACCAAACCCACAGCUGACCCAUCCCCCCUUCUGACCUGGUGGGAUAAAAGCAGACUUCUUCUGCAUGGCCGCUGGGUGAUGGACAUCGAACAGGCCAACCUGCAUCAGCUCGCUACUGAGGACCCGUACAACACCACGGAGAACCUGCACUGGGAGUGGAUCAAGCUGAACUUUGACUGGAAUCCUGGGCAGUUUGUCUUCAAGGGUGACCUGGACGUCAACGUUAGAACAGCCUCCAAGUAUGAUGAUAUCUGCUUCCUGCACCUCCCGAGCCUUUGUAUGACCCUUGACCUCCAAUGGUUAUGCCAUGGUAAUCCACAUGACCACCAUGCCGUAAUGCUCUGUGCUGUGGAGAGCGUUGCGGAUGUCAUCUCAGGCCAGCCACACGACUCCUACAGGGCCUUCCGUUCUGAAAACCUCAACCUCUCCAUCACCAUGGACCUCGACCAGCACUGUGGCAAAGAGCCCAAUCAGCCCAGAAUCCUCCUCUACAGCAGCACCCUGCGCUGGAUGCAGAACUUCUGGGCCACGUGGACCAGCGUGUCCCGGCCCAUCUGCAGAGGCAAGCUCUUCCACAGCCUUAGACCCAUCCGCAGGAAGCUCGGCCAGCACUACAAACAGAUGUCCUAUACUGCAUCUUUUCCACAGCUACAGGUCCAUUACUGGGCAUCAUUUGCUCAGCAGAGGGGCAUUCAGGUGGAGUGCAGUAAAGGUCAUGUCUUCACCAGAGGAGCACAGAGGCUCAUCCCACAGGCUGGUACUGUGAUGAGACGACUGAUCUCCGAGUGGAACGUUACUCAGAUGGUGAGCGAGCUCUCUCUGGUCACCGUGCACCUCAUGGCCUCCACAUGGGAUGAGACAGCCGACCACCAGAUCAAUGCCCAGGUGAAGAAGACCCACCUGCUCAGCCUGUCCUCACUCAGCUACCAGAGACAGAGCAACCGCAUAGAGGAGGAAGUAAACUCAAAAGACGAGAGCAAUGCUUCCUACACGCACAAGUUGUGUUUGGUGGACCUGAGGGCUUCUUGGACCACCACCAACCGGAAUAUUGCCUUUGGUUUGUACGACGGUUAUAAGAAAGCAGCCGUGCUCAAGAGAAACCUGUCCACCGAGGCUCUGAAGGGUCUGCGGAUCGACACCCAGGUGCAGACGAAAAAGCUGAAACGCUCCAUGUCCAGCUACUCCUCCAACACAGGUCCUGCUACACCAGUCAUCACCACAACCACUCGCCCAGAGAAGAGUCAGAAUGAAGGAACGUCCAUGCUACAGAAGCUUAUCGAGGAGACCGAUAAGUUUGUGGUCUUCUCUGAAGAGGACGCAGGAGUGAGCGACCAGCUUUGUGGAAUUGCCGCGUGCCAGACGGAUGACGUUUACAACCGCAACUGGUUCAUAGAGCUCGUCAACGGUCAGAUGAUGCUGCGAGGCACUGAGACUGCCGGCUGCGUGCUGGUGUCUGCCGCCAAGGCACAAUUACUGCAGUGUGAGCACCAUCCUGCUUGGUACAACGACACACUCAAGCAGAAGACCACUUGGACGUGCCUGCUGGAUGGUAUGCAGUACUUCGCCACCAUGGAGCAAAACCCCUCUGAACAGGAGGACUGGCAGCUGUGGCUGGAGGUGAAGAACAUUGAGGAACACAGGCAGAGGAAUCUGGACUCAGUCCUGGAGCUGAUGGAGAGUGGCCAGGCUGUUGGAGGCAUGGUCAGCACCACCACAGAUUGGAACCAGCCUUCCCAAGUGCAGGAGACCCAGCAGGUCCAGCGUAUCAUCUCUCGCUGUAGCUGUCGCAUGUAUUACAUCGGGUACAGCCACGACAUCGACCCUGAACUGGCCACCUCCAUCAAACCGCCAGAGAUCCGUGACUGCCAUGAGAAGGAGGACCUUUUAAAGAAACAGGCUGGUGCAGUCGACACUUUCACCCUCAUCCACAAUGACCUGGAGAUUUCCACCAAUCCAGUGCAGUACUCCAUGAUCCUGGACAUAGUCAAUAACCUGCUGCUCCACGUGGAACCCCGGCGCAAGGAGCACAGCGAGAGGAAGCAGCGUGUGCGUUUCCAGCUAGAGAUCUCAAGCAACCCUGAGGAGCAGCGUAGCGGUAUCUUGCACCUUCAGGAAGCGGUACGCCAGCAUUUGGCUCAGAUCCGUUGCCUGGAGAAACAGAUCUACUCCAAUAUGAGGUCCCAGUCAGAAGAGUUCAGAGGAGACGAGCUGUCGGACAUCAACCUGCGCCUGCAGAAUCAGCUCAACCAAGAGAAGACGGACAUGCAGAUGAAGAGUGAGGAGCUCAACAUCCUCAUCCGAUGUUUUAAGGACUUCCAACUGCAAAGAGCAAACAAACUGGAGCUGCGUAAACCCCCAGAAGACGUUAGCGUUGUGCGACGUACCGAGUUCUACUUUGCUCAGGCACGCUGGUGUCUCACAGAAGAAGAUGGACAGCUGGGUAUAGCUGAACUUGAACUGCAGAGGUUCAUUUACAGCAAGUUGAAUAAGUCUGAUGACACAGCAGAGCAUCUCCUGGAAUUGGGCUGGUUCACCAUGAAUAACCUGCUUCCCAAUGCUGCAUACAAGGUGGUUUUGCGCCCUCAGAGCCCCUGCCAAUCAGGACGCCAGCUCGCCCUCCGUAUCUUCAGUAAGGUCCGCCCCCCGGUGGGAGGGAUUUCCGUCAAAGAGCACUUUGAGGUAAAUGUGGUACCACUCACCAUUCAGCUCAUGUACCAGUUCUUCAAGAGGAUGAUGGGAUUUUUCUUCCCUGGAAGAAAUGUGGAAGAAGAGGAAGUUGGGGAUGAAGAAGACAAGUUUAGAUUGGUUACUACAGGUGUUGUGAAACCCAGGCAGCUCUCUGAAGACUCCAUAGGAGGGCUUGGACCCGGGAAAGGGGUGGCGCAAGGGUUAAAUCGAACCGCUGGUGUCAGGAGGUCUUUUCGCAAACCACCUGAGCAUCCUGUUGAUGACAUUGAUAAGAUGAAAGAAAGAGCAGCCAUGAAUAAUUCUUUCAUCUACAUCAAGAUUCCUCAGGUUCCCCUCUGCGUCAGUUACAAGGGAGAGAAGAGCAGUGUAGACUGGAAGGAUCUGAACCUGGUUCUGCCCUGUCUGGAGUAUCAUAACAACACCUGGACCUGGCUGGACUUCGCCAUGGCUGUAAAGAGAGACAGUCGUAAGGCUCUGGUUGCACAGAUGAUAAAGGAGAAGCUGCGGUUGAAACCCGCCUCAGGCUCAGAGUCUCGAAGUAAAGUGACGGAUGGGAAAACGGACAGCAGCCUCCAGCAGCAGGUGGAAGACGAGAAAGCAAGACUUCUGAUCGGCUUCAGCACUGCCGACAAGAGCUCCAGCAAAAAGAGCAUCUUCAGUCGCCGCAAGUGAAGCUUCUUCACAGCGAUGCUGGUCUUGAAGAAGCUCUGCUGUACUUUACCGUGUCCCAGUCCGCAGGAGAAGGGACGGAUGAUGAUAACCAAACCCAGUCCGAGGUCUCUCUCCGCUUCACCAGUGGUGCCUUUAAACGUCCGCGCUGGGUGUGAACACAGGAACCAGCACCAUGGUCAAGCCAUGACUGCAGGUGCUGGUCCUGCAAUGGAAGAAGGGAUUGUCAUUCUACUGUCUAAUAUGGGUGCUGUACACCUGACAUUGUUUUUAUGUGCUCCUGUUGUGCCAUAAAUCAUUUCAGUAUAUUUAAAUUAACUACAUACAGCAUUAAAUCAUCUUUAUUAAAGAGAGAGUUCACCCAAAAAUGACAAUUCUGUCAUUAAUUACUCACCCUCAUGUCGUUCC